AUGAGCGAGACGGACCGCUUCGACAGCAUGUUGCUGACCAUCACUCAGUCGCAGCGGGGCAUUGAGCCACUGCUUGACACGGUGUUCUCAUUCCUCCGCCGCAAGACGGACUUCUUCACGGGCGCAGAGCCGCAGGUGAUUGAGGACACGAUUCUCAAGAGCGUGCGCAAACAGGCGGCACUGGUGGAGAAGGACCAGGCACAGAAGAAGCAGCAGGAAGCCGAGAAGAGACGGAAACUGGACCUGGAGCAAAAGCACAAGAAGGAGACGCCAGUGGAGCGUCCGUCACGCUUUGAAGAGAUCGUGGAGGACGAGGAGAUAGGGACGACAGCGACUUCUGUCGGGAAGGCAGCAUUGCCGGUGGCUCCAGAAGGACAGGACGACAGUGGACCGCCUCUUGCUGGCAAUGGAGGGAAGACGGACAAGUACGUGUGGACGCAGACGCUGCAGGAAGCUCAGGUUAACUUUGCGGUCCCUGAAGGCACGAAAGCCCGACAAGUGGACGUGGAGAUUCGUGCUGAAAAGAUGAAAGUCGGCAUGCGGGGCGGGGAUACGUUCGUAGAUGGACCUCUGUACAGCAAAGUGAAGGUUGAUGACAGUUUCUGGACGCUGGAAGAUGGCAAUCGCAUUUGUAUCUACCUGCAGAAAGACAAUCAGAUGGAGUGGUGGAAGACUAUCAUCCAGGGAGACGCAGAGAUUGACACCCAAAAGGUGCAGCCUGAGAACUCGAAGCUUGGUGACCUGGACUCGGACACGCGCCAAACUGUGGAAAAAAUGAUGUUUGAUCAGCGUCAAAAGGCCAUGGGUCUUCCCACGAGCGACGACGUGCAGAAGCAGGACGUUCUGAAGAAGUUCAUGGCGCAGCACCCGGAGAUGGACUUCAGUAAGGCGAAGGUUAACUGA